AAUUGUAUGUGUACGCAGCAUCAUGGGGAUAACAGAGACUCUCAUGGACCAUCAACAGUCGUAACAAACAGCGAUGAAUCACAGCUUUUAACUCCGGGAAAAAUGAGCCAGCGCCAGGGAAAAGAAGCUUAUUUUACUCCAACCAAAGAGUUACUCCAACCAUCUCUCAGCCCAGCAAUUGCCCACAGCCAUGGUUUUGACAAAGGGAAGGAUGAUGUGUCACAAAAUAAAGAGGAUACAGCACAUUCUAUGUCAAAAAGCAAGUCUGAAUCCAAGCUUUUCAAUGGCUCCGAGAAGGACAUCUCUUUAUCUUCAAGCAAGCUUACCAAAAAAGAAUCUCUCAAGGUUCAAAAGAAAAAUUACAGAGAAGAAAAGAAGAGAGCUACAAAAGAAUUACUCAGCACUAUCACAGACCCAUCAGUCAUUGUUAUGGCUGACUGGCUGAAGAUUCGUGGUACCUUGAAGAGCUGGACCAAACUGUGGUGUGUACUGAAACCAGGAGUGUUGCUUGUUUACAAAACCCCCAAGAAUGGGCAGUGGGUAGGAACAGUGCUCCUGAACGCUUGUGAACUCAUUGAGAGACCUUCAAAAAAAGAUGGCUUUUGCUUCAAACUUUUUCAUCCUUUGGAGCAGUCCAUAUGGGCUAUAAAGGGUCCAAAAGGCGAAGCAGUUGGUUCUAUAACUCAACCAUUACCCAGCAGUUAUUUGAUCAUCCGAGCCGCUUCAGAAUCAGAUGGCAGGUGUUGGAUGGAUGCUUUGGAGCUGGCUUUGAAAUGUUCAAGUCUCCUUAAACGUACGAUGAUUAGGGAAGGUAAAGAACAUGAUUUGAACUCUUCAUCAGACAGUGCUCAUGUCUCUUUCUAUGGACUGCUUCGUGCUAACAACUUAAACAGUGGAGAAAACUUACCGUUAAAUGACAGUGAAAUUGAAAGGCAUCACUUUAAAGACCAAGAUAUGUACUCUGAUAAAUCUGAUAAGGAAAAUGAUCAUGAUCAUGAUGAAUCUGAUAAUGAUGGAUUGGGGAAAAGCGAAGAAAGCGACAGCGACACAUCAGAGCGACAGGAUGAUUCUUAUGUUGAUCCAGAACCAAUUGAUAUCAAGGAAACUACUUACUUGGAACAAAGUCAUGAAGAACUUGGGGAGGCGGGGGAGGCUGCUCAGACAGAAGUAGUAUCAGAAGAAAACAAAAGUCUGAUCUGGACAUUGCUGAAGCAAGUCCGUCCAGGAAUGGACUUGUCCAAGGUUGUACUGCCUACGUUUAUCUUGGAACCUCGUUCUUUCCUUGACAAGCUGUCUGAUUACUACUACCAUGCAGAUUUCCUCUCCGAAGCUGCUCUUGAAGAGAAUGCUUACAACCGCAUGAAAAAAGUAGUGAAGUGGUAUCUGUCUGGAUUCUACAAAAAACCAAAGGGAUUAAAAAAGCCGUACAAUCCCAUACUUGGUGAGACUUUCCGCUGCAUGUGGAUUCAUCCCAGGACAAACAGCAAGACUUUUUACAUUGCAGAACAGGUAUCGCAUCAUCCUCCAAUAUCUGCCUUCUAUGUUAGCAACCGCAAAGAUGGUUUUUGCCUUAGUGGUAGCAUUCUGGCCAAAUCAAAAUUCUAUGGGAAUUCAUUAUCUGCCAUACUAGAUGGAGAAGGACGGCUAACAUUCCUAAACAGGGGAGAAGACUAUGUGAUGACUAUGCCAUAUGCUCAUUGUAAAGGAAUUCUGUAUGGCACAAUGACCUUAGAGCUUGGGGGAACGGUCAAUAUCACCUGUGAAAAAACCGGCUACAGUGCAACAAUUGAAUUCAAACUCAAGCCGUUUUUAGGUAACAACGACAGUGUUAAUCAAAUAUCAGGGAAAAUAAAGCUUGGCAAAGAAGUUCUGGCUAUUUUGGAAGGUCACUGGGACAGUGAAGUUACUAUUAGGGACAAGAAGACAGAUGUUUCGGAGACAUUCUGGAACCCAACGUCUGAUAUCAAGCAGCGUAGGUUACCUAGAUACACCGUGAAGUUCGAAGAGCAAGAUGACUUUGAGUCAGAGAAGCUUUGGCAGCAAGUGACUAAAGCAAUAAAUAAUAAAGACCAAACAGAAGCUACCCAAGAGAAAUAUGUUCUGGAAGAAGCUCAGAGAAGGAGUGCCAAAGAGAGGAAACUUAAGGGUGAAGAGUGGACAUGCAAGCUGUUCGAUCAGGAUUCAGUCACAGGAGAAUGGCACUAUAAAUACGCUGAUACCAGGCCAUGGGACCCUUUGAAUGAUAUGAUCCAAUUUGAAAAAGAUGGCACAAUCCAAACAAAAGUUCGACACCGGACACCAAUGGUUAGUGUUCCAAAAAUCAAGCGAAAACCAGCCAGCCAGAAAAAGGGGGAGUGUGGUUUCUCAUCCCCUGAGCCUGAUAAUCAGGAUUCCUCUGGAAGUGAAGCACAACUCAUGAAGCAUAAUACAAGAAUAAGGAAAAAAGGGGCAGAUCUUGGUGAACUGCAGAGUGCCAUUGAAUCUAUAAAGGAAACACAAGAAGACAUUAAGAGGGACAUUAUGGCUCUACGAAAUCGAGUCACUUCUAAUUCACCAACUGUGGACAACCAGUUUUUGCAGCUGAAGCACUAUAUCUUCAUUUUACUCCUGGUUCUGCUACAGCUUAUCAUUAAUUUCUUGUUCAAAUAGGAAGUGUGAACAAGGGCCUUUCAGAACUGGAAUGAUCAGUUACUGGGGACCAUAUUUAAGCUGGACUUUAAAUGAUGCAAUAUUAUUUAAAAGAGCCCUGUAGCAACAACCUACAGAACUUUUGCCUCAGAGUCCAUGGUUCAGAAUCAUCCUUCCGUCUACCCAGUUGAAGUAAGAAUUGUGUAAGUGCCAGUACACUCUUGCUCCUGGUUUGUGCCUCUGUCUCACAGACAUACAACAUCAGCCUUGUGUUUUAUAUCACAUCACACGCUGUACUGAUGAAUCUUCACCACGGAAUAGAUCAUAUUGAAAAUUCAGAGGUCAGGCACUGUAGAUAGGACAUGAUUCCUCUUAUGGUAGAGUAAUAAACAAGCAGACUUUGUUACAUUUCGACUUAGCAUUUUUGUAACAAAGUGACUUUAAAAGUAGCCAUGCGUACCAACAUUUUUUGUAAAUGGUGUUGGGUGUUCAGAAGUAAACCUUUCUUUAAGGUCAAACAAAUACGUUAUUAUACAAAGGUCAUGAAUGUUAGGAACUGUUGAGUAAAAAGCUGAAGUCUCUGGGAAUCGUGAAAUUUGAUGUCCUUAAUUUGUUUUUGGAGGUAUGACGGUUUUUAUCCUGAAUAACUGUGGUGGCUUAUAAACCAGCCGUUUUAAUUUUAUAGUUUUAAAACUUCAGACUCUUCAUAAAUACAUUCCUGCAUCUACUGUACAGAGCACAUUUUUACUAGUGCAGCACCUAGAAAGGUAAUUGUCCGCUCAUAUUCAUGAAUUGCACAUGUUGAGGACUUAGGGUAUGUUUUUUAAGCCUUGAUAAACGGACAGCUCUGAAUUUACAUUUGUGUAUCGCCCUAUCACAGUAAGAAGACAGACUGCUGAUGCCAGGACUCUCCUAUUUUUGAAACAAAAUGUGAAGAUGCAAAGUUAUGCAUAGUAUGUAGCAUGAGCUGAGCUUCCCAAAGGAAAGACUAUGCAGAACAGAAUUUGGCCAUUAUCAACAGUUCACUUGCAGAGAAGUGUGUGUUUACAAGGGAACCAGCCCCAGGAACUGUGGGACAGCUGACAACACACACAUCAGAACAAAUGAUAGCGAAACACUGCUCCUUCCUGCAUAUAACACCUAACUGAACACCCCAACGCACCUGUUCAUUAAGCUGAGCCAUACAUAUUUAUGUGAAGCUUAAGUUUCAGUUUAGAACCAGAGUUUGCAACAUUACAUUUGAAGAACUAUGUGCAUGUAUAGAACUUGUAAAAUUUAAUCCAAAAAUAAAUGAGUGCCAGUGUUUAUCUGGUGAAUUCCGUACACAAGUCAAACCUUUCCAUGUUUGUAUCAAGUCAAAAAGGAGCUGUAGUAUUGUAAAGGUACUUUCAGCUACCCAGGUGAGACAAUGGGAGGAUGGGAGGCACAACACAAAGUGCAACCAAGUUUGUUUUCAGUGGAUCCUGUCAGAAAUCAAAUCCAUCCUGCAUAGUGGAAAGUUCAGAGGUCAUUUCUGUUUUUUUUUGCCAUGUCCUGUUGAUCCCUUUGCCGUGGGCAGCCUUACUGACUCUCCAAGUGAUGUCACAUUCUGUUCUGCAUCAGUCUUGUCCAGAAUUUGGUGAAAAUGCAAUUUACUGCUGUUUGUCAUUCAAGCUCUUAUAUUCCUGCGGCUGACAUCUUCACAGCACCUCACCUUCUGUUUUACUUUUCCCCUUCUCUGGGCCUCAGUGAUGUAAAAAGAUCUUUGCUUAAGCAGUCAACUUCAGCUUAUUUCUUACAGCUUCAUGUUUAGUAUAGCUACUUCUUAAAUCUUUUUCAGGCAUGGGGACUGUGCUAUGUCUACAACUGAUGAGACAGAAUUUGUGAAUGUAGAAAGUCCCUCACUGUUACAUUGUCUGUGUUUUUUUUUUUUUUUAAAGAAAAAAAAGAAACAAUCCCUAAGUUAGCUCUCUAACAGAAACUGAAGUUGUUUGCCAUGUAUAAAAUGGCAAACUACUAAUAUUACAGUAUUAUUGUAAUCUUCUCAGGAUGAAACUUGACCAUUCAUUAUAGUGGUCAAAUAUCAAAGCCUCACCUGUCUUACAAUCCAAGUCAGGUCCCUCUGUACACAGAGCUAAUAUAAGAGGAAAUGAGCGAGGUAAAAAAAAAAAUCAGAAUUGGGGCAAUAACUUCAAUCCGCUAAAAUAGCUAAGUUUGUGGUGCUGAAACUCUUGAAUGAUAGUUACAAGCUUUUUAUCUGCCUUGUAAAUAGAAAUGUCCUUCUGCCCUUUUAUGUUGAUUUUAAUCACUUCUAUUCAAGAUCAGUUAUUAACACAGACUGGAUAUAUUUCUGCAUGGACUGCAUGGUAGUAAAUGUGGAUUUGACCCAGCUAGCUGGCAGGCUGUAUGGUGUCAGACAGCAUCAGAUUAAACAAACGCUCCAUAUCUGAAAUUGUACUCAGCUCAAGACAAGUAAAACUGGAACAGAGCGAGACAAAAUACCUAUGGUUAUUUUCCUUUGCAACUUACUUUUUUAGAGGUUACUUCUGUUGUGAAAGUGAUUUUCAUCAUGGUCCACGAAGGUAAAGGACGUAUGAUGAAGCUUUUUACAAUUAAAACUGCAGACUUCUGCUUGAUGGUAUGAACAGAGUCCUUAAAUUCUAAAAAGUACAUUGAAAUCUAGCAUUUGGUUGGGCUUUGUAUGAUGUUCCCUUGUGUAAACAGAACAAAGUAAUUUCUUGCCUGAUUCUUACAGUACCGCUGGUCACAGGCCUGGUGCACGAAGCCUUUUCUCUAGCACAACACCAUCACUAGAGAAUCACCAUUUACCCAUGACGUGUGGCUGAUCUUGAAUAUUACGUACGUAACACUGAGCUCUGCACAGAGUUACUACGUUGACUGUACAGUUUGCAGAUUUUUGAGGGCUGUAGCCUCCUACUGGUUUUUAAAGUUUAAAACAGCACUUGUUUCCACAUUUGAUUUACAAAUGCUGUGUUGUUGUUGUUUUUUCUUGUACAGGAACUAUUUUCAGACUUUGUUGCCAUGUGGUUUUGUUGUUCUGUUUUGUUUUCAAAUGCACUCUAAGCCUUUAAUUUGCCAUUUAGGUACACAUUGCCUAGUUAGGUACGGAUGACCUAAGGUUAAAAAGAGUAAAUAAGCCAUGUGAAAUGUAGCAAGUAGCAGUUCCAGCAGCAGGUGAUGUUUCUUGCAUUUCACAUGUCGAUUACUUUGAAGUAGAUGACAUUACUUACUGAGGGCAUAGCCUGGGGUUUUUGCCUCCAGUUUUAUCUUGUAAAGAAAUUAUUUUAUAGGUCUACCUUUCAAAUGCGAUUAUGGUGGUUUCUUUCUUUUUUUUUUUUUUUCUUUCUUUGUUGCCCUCCUGUGCCUUUGGGAAUUGUUUUAUUUCAUUUGCCGGACUGGUGUUCAUGAAACAGACUUUGGAUUCGAUGUGUAGUAUAUUUUCUUAAAGGCUGUUAUUUCCCCACCGUUUAUGUAAGUGACAUAUCGCAAGCAUUCUGCCCCUCUGUAAAUGUUAAUGAUUGUUUUUGAAAGGUUAUCCUGAAACCACUGAAAACGUCGCAGAUACUCGAGAAUUGUCAACAGUGCCUUCCUUACGGGCUUCGCGCUGUUCCGAGACGCGAAUGUACGGUUUGUCGAGUUUGUGCCAUACCUAACGCCCCCCUUUUGUCCAGGCUUGUGUGUUUGAGAACUAGCUUCCCUCGCGUAGUGAAAUAAACACAGAAACUCC